GCAGAUCUGGCUCCGACUCAUGGGCUUCGCAGUAAAGAGGAAUGGACUUCCACCUUGAGGCCUCACAAGGUGGCGUGGCCCCGGCCACUCACCGACCUGGCCAACUCGUGUUGGAAAAAGCACCCUGGAGCCUCAAAGAGCGCAAUCUGGCUUGAUGAUCCAAUCCCGAAUCUAGAGAAUUCUCCAGUAUCCAAUAUUCACUUCAUCAAGUCGGAUCACCGAUUUCAGCUCAUCAGCAGACAAACUCACUGCCGAAGAGAAUGUUAUGAGCUAGUGAUGGUAGACUUUCUGGUGUGGGAUUGUCGGAGGGUUCCUUCUGUGGGCCUGUCGGAGAGCUUUGCCGGAGCAGAGUGCUGGGGGGUUAUUCAAUCUCUGUGGUCGCCGCCUUCUCCUUGUAGAUAGAGUUUGUUGGUUGUGUUUUUUUAGUUUGGGUCAUGCAUUUGGGUUGUUCGCAGAGGCAUUGAUGGGGAUUAGAGGGACGUGGGAAUAGGAUUCGGAGAAGGCGAGGACAUGGGUGGAUGCAGGUUCAGGCUUAGGAUUCAGGAGAACGAGAGCUUGUAGACGCUGGCGGUUGCUGUGGGGACAUUUGGGGUCGCGUGCUGUGCUCAAGCUGAGCUUAAAUGCGCUUCUUCAUGGUUAGCGCCGUCUGUGAUACGAGCGGAAGAGAUUGAUAACAUCGUCUUGAAGACGAAAAUAGUUUGGAGUACAACACAGCACAAUCGGCUUACACAAGGGAAACAAUUUCAGAGGAGACAUGGGGGCCUACAGUGACGAGUAUGUGGUUGUGCGUAGGGGCAAGAAGCCCGAGGAUCUAAGUGAGAUAACUAUCAAUUGUCCCGACAAAGUGGGGCUUGGUUGUGACCUCGCCAGAAUAGUAUUCGAGUUCGGCCUAAGUGUCGAGAAAGGAGAUAUGUCAAUAGAUGGACGCUGGUGUUUUGUAGUGCUGUGGGUGAAACCUAGAACAAGUCCUUCAACUUUGCGUUGGUCGCUGUUGAAGCAACGGUUGGAAGAUGUCUGCCCAUCCACCCUAGCUUCAAUGUUACCUCCUGUAUCCCCUCCUGUGCCCGAGUGCGAAAGGGUCCUGCUGCUGCAGGCCUGCUCUUCUGAUCGGACAGGCCUACUCCAUGAUGUUACUCAGAAAUUGUGGGAGAUGGAAUUGACUAUCAAAAAAAUCAAAGUGUCAACCAGCCCAGAUGGAAGAGCCAUAGAUUUGUUUUUCGUCACAGACAACAGAAACCAAAUGUCGUGCAAGAAAAGAGCCGAGGAAGUGACGAAGCAACUCAAAGAGUUUCUAGGGGAGUCAUGCUCACAUUGUGAGAUUGGUCGUGCUAGUCCCGAGUGUGGGGACCUGACUUGUUCUGUCCUCCCCGACUCAUUGACACGAGAUAUUUUUUAUGAUGAUCCUUCAACUUUUGAAAAGGAUUUAAACAAAGGUGGAAAUCACGCCAACGGAGUCGUUGUAGCCUUCGACAACAAUACCAGCCCUGUUCAUAGUCUGCUUCAAAUUAUUUGUAAGAGCCGAAAGGGUUUAUUAUACGACUGUCUUCGUGCUGUGAAGGACCUUAACUUGAAGGUGGCUUAUGGACGGAUUGACAUCUUGGACAACGGAAAAUCUGAACUCAAUUUGUUCUUGUUGAAUUCGAAGCAUCGAAAGGUUACUGACACGCAAGAGCAGAAAGUUCUGGCGCAGUAUGUAAAAGAGGAAGUUGAGCAUCCUGUGCGGAUCAAGGUGGAGACUAGAGGUCCUGAAACCGAAUUGCUUAUCGCGACCCCUAUUGAGAAAUGUGGAAGAGGUCGACCUCGAGUAUUGCAUGAUGCUACUCUAGCUCUGAAAAUGCUAGACAUCUGUAUUUUCAAGGCUGAUAUUGGGAGGCAUGAAUACAACGGCAAGCGUUGGGAAAUCUAUCAGUUUCUGCUUGUAGACAGAGGAGAGCCUUCUUUGACAAGUAGCAAGAUGCGCAAGCUUAUCGUGGACCAAGUUCGACACAUACUGUUGGGCUAAAAUGCCAAACAGUAUCUGUCGAGCUUUUGGACCCCUCUGUCCACCUGCGGCCUGCAUCAGAAAGUAUAGUGCACUCUAAUGACAGGAAACCUCUUUUUCAACAUGGUGGGUACCUCUCAACGAUAGCCAACUAUAUCCACUUGAGCGAGAGAGAGAGACUGGAAAGUGUAGCGUAAUAAAUUUUAGUCGGUGGAAAAUUUAAAGAGUUUUCUAUGUGCGGAGCCUAGCUACUCCGAAUUGCCUCUCAGAUCACCAUCGGUUGUAUCUGUUAAAAGUUAAAAGAGUACCCCCACAGUUCCUCAAUAACCAUAUGAUUGUUGUUUGUAGGAUGUACUUUACUCAUGGUUUUGCAGCCAAGGCUGCAAAAUGAUCAUAGGGGACCUGGAUAGGUUUCUGCACCCAGCACAUCAAAAGCUGAGAAAUGUUUAGCUAACUCCCAAGUUAUGAAAGGAGCAAGGUGAAGACAUGAAUCUGGCGGUGCUUGUAGAAGAGUGUUUACGAGACUUCGGAAGAAUGCAUGAAACCUUGGAGUUAUGAUGUGUACUACCCAAAAUCAUUCAUGAAUAAAUGUUAUUUUGUGAAGGAUUAUAAAGUUUCUUUUUA